AUGGUGGGAAACGUGCUGCUGAACCCAGGUCGAGGCUCAGCCGUAUGCCGCUUACCUCUGAAUGAGAAGUGGGUCAAAAACGAGUCGGGUUUUUUUCACAAACACAUCAGAGACCCGCAGUUCAGCUACAGCGCCCCUUCAGGUGAAGCCUUUUAUACCUGUUUGGUGUUGCCAGGAGACUUCUUAAAACAGAAACAAGUCUCCUGAAUGUUUUCUUCCCCUGCAGAACUUUUAACACUGGAAGUUAUGGAAAACUCUAAUGAGGUGGAUCAGUCUCAUGAAAGGGAGAGGCUUAAGAUGAGGAUUGCUGUUUUGGAGGAAAGUGUGAAGUCCUGUGAGGUGGAGUGUAAAUCCAGCAGAGAGACGGUGCUGAGGCUGGUGGCAGAGCUGGACCGAGAGAGGAGGAAGACUGCCAGCAGUGCAUCAGCGCUCGAUUCACUCAAAGUGGAGUUAGAUGGCCUGGUAGAGGGAAGGAGGAGUGUAGAGAUGGAGAAGGGAACCCUAAUGGAGAGGGUGGAGGCAAGCAAAAGGGUCGUCGAGGCUGCCAGGCGAGAGUCCCAUUGUUUGGAGAAACAGGUGAAGGAGUUUGAGAGAAAGCUACAGUUGAGCCAAGGAGAAACUCAAAGAGCUGGGGAGAAACUGCAGAUGUUCCUGGAAAAGGUGGUCGGUCUGCUGCAGGGGAAGUCUGAGAACGUCAUCCUGCCCACAGAGGAAGAUGUUCUAUACACAUUGGACAACCUUUGCAAUAAGUCCUUUCCAGAGAUGGAGGCCCGUCUGUGUCAUUUCUCUGAGGAGCUCAGCGAGCAGACGGAGAUUCAGCACAGUGCACUUCAGAGGGCUCAGCUUGCGGAGCAGCAAGUCCAGGACCUGAGGGAGAGACUGCAAGCUCUGGAGACCGAGCUGCUGACUGCAGACAUGCAGCAUGACGGACUGAGACAUAGCAAACUGCAUUAUGAAGAGUUCCUGGAGCAGCUGUCAGAGAUGAUGAAGAUUGACAGUAUCGCAGUGGAUCUUGGGUUCGACAUGAGGCUUAAACUCAUCCUGUCACGAGCAGAGCAGCUUGUUAAACAAGAGACAACUGCUUUGGUGGAGAACAAAAGUCUGAGUUACAGUCUACAGAGAAAGUUAAAGGCACAGAAAGACCAACUUGACAGCAAAGGCCUCCACAUCCAGCUUCUUAGGAAGAAGGUGUCAGAGCUGGAGGAGGAGAAGAGGAGCAGAUCAGCGCUGGCCGUGGAACGAGAUGAUGCUCAACUGGAGGCCAGGAGGCUGCAAAAACAACUGCAGCGUCUCCAAGGCGAGCUGAAGGCCAGCAGGCAGUCUAAGACUGAGCUCAAGGCCCAGCUGUCCCAUACCAAUGAGCUCAAGUUGAAAGUGAUGGAGCAGAGUCAGACUGUGCAGGAGCAGAAAAAGAGGCUGGAUCAGCUGGUGGAGGGGAAGGCCAAGGUGGAGAAGAAGCUGAACACAGUGAGCUUAGACCUACAGUGUCAAGAGCUGAAGACCAGAGAGGACCUGCAACAGCUCAACACCCUGAGACAGAGCCUGGCUCAGCUCUCUGAGAGGGAGAGAGAGCUGGUAGACUUCCAAAUGGUUGUUUCCAAAAUGUUGGGUGUGGAUGACACAAACCUGGCUCUUCCAAAUUAUGAAAUCAUCAAACUACUGGAGACCCUUCUUCACUCUCAUCACCACCACCACCUCCUUCAUCAUCAUGUCAAUAUGCCCUGGCACUGUCCUACUCACCAGAGGCCUCAUCGCCCUCAAAUCCUGGACCUUCAUCAUACCUCCUCCUUGGAUCUUUCUGCUUCCAGGUCUACUUUUCAAGAUGAUGCAGUUCCCUUUCAGGAAGCCUGACGUUGAUUAUGCCA